AUGGCCAGGGAUGAGAUCCUGGCCACUCUGGAAGCCGCUCCACUACUUGGUUUGGUCCCUCGCGGACAGCUUCAUGCGUGGCUGGCAUCGGUGCAGCAGCAUGGAAUGACGCCAGAGAUCCUGCAGCUACUGCAGGAGGGCUUGGAUGUGCCUUGGUGUCGGCAGCCGAAGUCCGACCAGGCUUGGGUCGACUUCAGCGACAUCAACUUCGAAGCCCAGCUGCUCUCCGUGGAGAUCGCCUUCGGCGAAGCCUUAGACGCCAGCCGUUGCCUCCUGGCCCUGCGCAGCUGCGCGCCCGACGCCGGCCUUGCGCACGGAAGUUCCGGGCACGGUGGACGGAGUGCCACGGGACGCUUCUUGCUCCAGCUGGAGGAUGACGACCGGGUGCUGCAGACCGUGCUGCAACUCUUCCUGCAGCAGGGGCCGAAGCGCCUGCCGCGCCCCUCGGAGGUGCUCUUCUGCGACGACAAAGUGCCGUUGGCCGAAGUCCAGGCCUUCUUGUGGCGCUCUCAACACUUUCCCCAGCUGCUCUUUGUCCUGGUGGAGCCCAAUCGUUUGGCGCUGGAGGGCAAAAAAGCCGUGGCCCAUUGGCUUGCCAGCUCCGACGCGAGGGCCUCCUCGGUGGCCGUGAUCUCGACGACCUCGUGGUAUGUGCCGCCCUCGGCACAGGUGCAUCCGUUGCAGCUGCGUAACGACCCACUGAUUGCCAAUGAAUGGAAGAAACACUUCGGAGCUGAGGUUCCCGGGCUGAAGAUUCGUGGGGUCUUCAGCUAUGCUUCAGGGCCUUCGACGGGAAAGAGCACCUACAUCCGGCACCUCUGUGAAGGUCGAGUUACUGUGAGGUGUUUGUUGCACGAAGGCUUUCACCUCGGCACGCUGGUCUUGGAAGCGCGGAAGCAGAUCGAGCAGGGACGAGGGCGUUCCAUCGCCAUACACAUUGAGGUGAAUGCCUACAGCGAUCCGGUGAUGACCAACACCUUCCUGCGGCAUCUGUUCCUCUGCCAAGUCCUGUACGAUCCGCUUAGCGGCGACAUGGUGCCAGUCCCGAGCGGCACGCAGAUCCACGUGGAGAUGGGAGCAGUGGUGGGCCAAAGGGACCUUCAUAGCAUGAGGAGAUACGCCACGGAAGAGUUCAUGCGAUCCCUCUUUCCAUCAGCAUCGGAGCUGAAAUUGUCGUUGCUGUAUCCCAUUCUGAAGCUGGCGGCUGUGGACCGAUCGAACGAGGUGCAGAACUUUGAGCUGUUGGAUUCAGAGGAGCACUUUGCGUUGAGCCUAGGUGAAGAUGGCCCAGUGCAUUGGAGUGUCCAAUGCGAUUUCUGUGGGGCGUCACCAGUGCGUGGGGCAUGCUACAGAUGCGUAGACUGCGAAGACUUUGAUUUCUGUGAGAGGUGCUAUGCCCAGGGCGCUCAGGAACAGCACGACCCAACGCAUGAGUUCCGGCUGCGUAAAGCGGUGGCGUUGCCGUUUCGAGUGCUGCAGGCCUUUUUGCAGCCCUUGGAAUUCUUCCAAGUUGGGGACGUUCAGAGAUGCCUCCUGGAUGUUCGCGAAGACGACCUGAAGACUCUGCACCUUCUACAGCAGGAAGCGGAAUUCUAUAUCCCGCCUUCGCUUCAACCUCUGGUCAAGGCCUAUACUGAACAUCUGGCAGGUCAGCUUCCUGGGGCCCCUGACAGCUUCAACAUCGACGUGACGCACUUGAGCAAUCCAGACAGUUCUUUGGCGCCGCUGGCCCCGUUGCUGUUGACCCCUGAAUUUUUUCGGGUUGACUUGACACGAGCCCAUCAGGACAUGAUCCUUCGACGUGUUGGAAUCUUGGCCGAUUGGAUGGCGCGAUCUCAUACCUUCAGUCAUUCCACUGGCGGUGCGGCCAACCGCUUGGGGUCCCUCUUGAUGGAAUGUGUGGUGGUGGGAUUGCAAAAACUGGUGCUGGGAGAGGAGGUGUGCCUACAUCUGGUGGUGCCCUAUGCUCGAAAGACCGAACAGGAGGAUUUCUUGAUUUGCCCAAGAGGAGUCAUGAUUCCAGAUCUCUAUUGUACGGAUUUGUUGGAGACCGCCUUGCACGAUGAGAUUCAGGGCAUUGAAGCCUUGUCCUGCGCCUUUGGACUUAGCCAUGAAAGGGUGGAAACCAUCAUUGCGGAGGAGGGUUACAUCUUGACCCGAGACUUCACGGCGAAAAUCUUGGAACUCCUGGCACGGAGAAAGAGUCGGGUGCCAACCAUUUUGGUGGGCGAGAGUGGCACUGGAAAGACUCGUGCACUGGAAUUGAUGAUGCGCUUGCUGGUGGAGAGUGAGGAAGUUCGACCAUCAUUGAUUCAGUCCUUGUUCGACUACAUGAAGCAGAAACUGCGCGAUGCCAAGGAUGCUUCUCCCAGUGAUGAAGUGCUGGGACAGGUCGAUGUUCUGCGGAAGAUUUUGGACAGGGUUCUGGAGCGAAAGUUCUCAGUGGAGGCUUUUCAGGAGGCGUUGAGCCACCAAGAUCUCUAUGAGUUUCAAGACCUGCCAGCGCCUUUGUGGACCCGCAGGGAGCUGCUGCAGUGGCUGUUGGCGGAGCUCAGGGGCUCACGCCGCUUCGACGUGGGGCGGUUCCAUGUGCUGCUGCGACACCUUCCCCUUCGCCAAGGCGCGACCGCCAGUGCCGCACUUCGGAGGGCGUUGCAGCGUGGCAAGUUGGAGUGGGAGAUGCUUGGCUGCGACUGCAGGUGCAUCGAGCGACUUGGAGAAGAAGAGAAGGCCAUGGAACGCGAAAAGGACAGCCUGCGGCUGAUCAUUGAGGCGCAUUUCCAGAGCGAUGCGAACCCGCGUGGACAGGUCUGGGAGGAUUCAGAUGACCUGGAAGAUUGGGAGAUGGAGCCAUGUCUCCUCUUCGCCAUCCAAGCCAUGUCGCUGUUGGACGCCGAGCCGGUGUUCUUUCGCACGCAGGAAAAGCUCCAGCCGGCCUUGCGCGCCUGCGUGCGCGAGCCGGACACGACCAUCUUGUGCUUCCUGGACGAGGUCAACACGUCGUCCUGCCUUGGCUUCGUGAAGGCCAUGCUCUGCGACCAGCUCUUUGGUCAGCAUCAGAACCUCUUCGUGGUGGCGGCGGCCAACCCUUACCGCGAGAUUGCAAAGCAGUUCGAUGACGUCCAGGAGUCCAGGUACAUUUGGAACUGGAAGUCACCGAGCAUCCACGACGAAGAGCGCUAUGCCUUGCUGUUGCUGACCAAACGCAUGGGCAGAGACCCGGAAGUCCCGAGUCUGGACUUCCCCCGCUUCGCGCGGGCCAUUGCGGACGCGCAGCGCUUCAUGCGGCGCGAGCUGCGCUCGGCCUCAGCGGUGUCGCAGCGGGACAUCAUCCGCGUGGUCACCCUCCUGGAUUUCUUCUGGCACCGCAGCUACAGCGCCGACCUCGCCGUCGCCGACAUCAGCGCCCGCUGCCGCCUGGCCCGGGCGCUGCUGCUGGCCUUCGGGGUAGCCUUCUACUUGGGCAUGAAUCAGACGAAACCAACUAGAAAUCCCCAUUUGUUGGCAGUUCAAUCCCAAUUGUCCCCCAUUUUCCCAGGUUUUUUUUUGGGGAACACCGUGUUUCAACCCAACAUCCAGGUGCCAAACCAAGCCAUCCCAAGCCUGGAGGACGAUGAGACCUUCGAACACGGCAUUGCCCUCACCCGAGCCUUGAAGGAAAACAUCUUCGCCGUCAUCGUGGCUGUGGAGCUUCGCCUGAGCGUGCAGAUCAUCGGCAUGCCCGGCACAGGCAAGACCCUCAGCGUCAACAAAUCCAUGGCGGUCCUUCGAGGAUCGGCGGCCGUGGACUUCUUCCGGGACUUCAGCGACGUGGCGAACAGCGUCUUCCGCUACCAGUGUUCGAAAGACUCCACCUCACGGCAGAUUCAUGAGGUCUUUGAAAGCGCACUUCGUGCACAGCAGCGGCAUGCCUGCGAGGAUGGUCGACGCCGUGCCGUGGUCUUCCUGGAUGAAGCGGGACUUCCACAGGAGAAGGUGGAGAGUUUGAAGGCCAUUCAUUACCAUCUGGAUGCAGGACAUCUCAGCAACUUCGUCCUCAGCAACAAACCGCUCGAUGCGGCCAAGCGGAACCGCUGCCUGCAGGUCUUUCGAGAUCGAGCCGACCAAGAGGACUUGGAGCUGUUGGCCUCGGAAUGUCUUCAAGUGAGACUAGAAGACCCUGCCUCCAACUCCAUCGUGAAAGGUUUCUGUGCAGCGUUCCAAGAGAUCUCUGAGAACGGCUGGCAGGACCAGAACAACGCUUUCAGCAUGUUCCACCUGCGGGACUUUCAUCAUUGCCUCAGAUACCUUCGCCGUCAUGGUCAUGUCCAGAGCGGCACGGUCCAAGUGACGUCCGUGCUGAGGGCGUUGGAGCGGAACUUUGGCGGCUUGAAAAAAGAGGACUUCCUUCGUCUCCUCGACAUCUUCUUCCGUCACCUGCAGCGCUCCACCGGCGGCCUGCUGACGCGGCCGGAGACGACGCAGCUCCGCAGCACCUUGGACGUGCUCCGGGAGGCGCUGGAAGAUGUGCCACCGGAGGAUCUGCAGGACGCCAGCUACGAGCCCUGCCGUUACAAGCUGAUCAUCGACGAGACCGAGGACGGCGGCGCGGUGCGCAUGCUGCAGGCAGCCCAGCUGCUACCGGAGCAGUGGGAGUUCCUGGAAGUCUCCGAUCUCCCAGGCGACCGAAACGAUCUGCACCGGAGUCAGAUGGUCAGCAACUUGCGCCGGGCGGCGGAGCAAGCGCGCACCUGUGUGAUGAUUGCCUAUGACGAGAUCUUGGAUGGUUUCUACGACCUGCUGAAUCUCCGUUUCCAACGCCUUCCCGGUUCUGGCCGUGUGCGCUACGCCGCCACCGUGGCGGCCGGGAGCUACUCGGUGCUGGCACCGGUGGAUCCACGCUUCAUGCUGGUGGUGUGCAUCAAGGCUUCGGACCUUGCUUCGACGCCGCUGCCGUUCCUGAACCGCUUUGAGAAGUACUACCUGGGACCCAUGGAUUGGGCGGUGCACCAGGCACAUCAACUCAGUCUCUGCCACAUCAAUCACCAGCUCUUGCAUGCACAUCUCCUGGUGCCCGCACGUCAGCGGUUGGAGGUCCGGGAAAACCUGGGCAAACCUGGGGCACGUGGAGAGGACUUGGUUCGGCUCAUUGGGGAGGCUAGCCUCAUUGGCUACAGCCCCUUGGAUCCCUUGGCGGCCGGAGGAAAUCUCUCAGGGUCCAACAUGUCCAUUCCUUUGGCUUUCAGCUCGGGACGGCGGGACUAUCGACGGCCUAGGUUUGAAGUGGUGAGGCGGCACGACCUGAAUGGCUUGAUGCAGCGCUUAGAGGAGGCCAAGAUCAUCCAAGAGGCGCAUGAAAUGGAUGAUGCCGUGGUGGUGCUUGAAGGGCUACUUGAUGCCUGUCAAAGCGCCAAAUUGCCUCUGCACACCUUCACCUGCGCAAGCCCUGAAGAUUGUGAGAGCUUCGGAUAUCCCACGUGCGAAAUGGCAGUGGUUCAAGAGCAAACGGACUAUGUGAUCCGAACCACUCCAAGAGCACAUGCCAGCCUGCAAACUUUGUUGCAAGAGAGGGUCCUGGCGUCAGUGGCGGACUGCAAAGCCGAGACACCUUCGGGAGAGAGGCAUCACUUGCGCUCGGCGAUUCGUGCCCAACAGAGGCCCCAGAACAGCUCACCUCCCAUGGCCUUGCCCAUUUGCGUAGAGCGAUGGCAUGCGGAAACCAUGGAGAAGAACAAUGACUUCUUGUCAAUCCCCCUGGAAGGCUUGAGGUUACCGUUGCUAGCACCCACACAGCGAGAGCUGCAGAAUCUGGGCGGAGCCACAGGCCUUCGGCCCCCGGAGGCCGUGCUGCACCUCGAGCUGGCGGUGCCUUCUGUUGGCCCCACUUCUUACACGCCGAGGUUUUCUUCGGGCUGGAAGCGCGAUGAGGUGGUCAUGGCGCUGGUGCGGCUUCCUCUCCACUGGUUGAGCCUCCAGUGGACUUCGUGCCUCGAAGCCAGCAAGGUGCAUCCACGGGACGGAACGCGCCCCCAGCGUCUUCACCUCUGGAAACUGACAGAGAUGCUGCAGCGGACCUCUCCAGAAGGCCGCAAGGUGGCUUCUUGCCCGGAUCCUGGCCGGUUGGGACGAACCACAGCCAACAGUGACCGUUUGACCGAUCGGCUUAAGGGAUCCAGCAAAAAAAAUCUAGCUGCCAUGACUGCCACGGCCAACCCCCUGGCAAUGACAAAGCGUCAAGCGGUGAUGUUGGUGAAGCUAGGACUGAUGAUAAUCAUUCUCUUCUUCACCACCUUGGCCGUAGCAAGAUGGAUCUACGUAUGUUAUCACAACAGAAGGAUCAGGCAGAUGCGGGACGAAUACAGUGAUCUCGACAUCAGUAAAGCUCACGAUCCCGAUGAGUGGAUGGCAUUCCAUCACAAUGUCCAAUUUCCGGACCGAGCUGAUCCAAUUCUGACGGAAGAUGACCCAAUGGAAGAGGAUGAAGAAGAAGUUGAAGAAAGAAGAAAACUGAAAGUGAGAUACCCCAUUGAGAACUCCAGGAUUCCUCACAGUCCUACAGCUAUACUUGUUUGGUUCACAGAAAGAAUCGAGCGCAGAGUUGCGCGUGGUUUCUACGCUCCUAGCUAUGUUGCUGGCCGCCUACAGGCAUUGUCCGACUUUAUCCAAGACUGCCUGACAGCUACCACCAUGGAACAACAUCAGGUUUACAUGGAGGUGAUCGGGAACCUCGGUGACUUGAGCAGUGACGAGGAUUCGCCGAUCCAUCAGCUCGGAGCCUACGGAAUAGAAACAGAACUCCGACAGGCACAUCAAGCAAUUCAGAUUGGAACAAGUUUGGUAGCCACAGUAGCAGCAGCAGCAACGGGUUCAAUGCCGUCUACUGGUGGAUCCAGCGCUGGCAGCGUCGUGACAGACGCAAUCGCAUAUUCAAUGAUCAGUGGAACUGACAACCCAGUUUCCAGGCCUGCAAUUCCCUUCUUCAAGAACAAGAUGACCAAGGAACGUCGGGAGCAUCUCAAGGCUUUGCAGAAGAAGAAACGGAAAGUUAUUGUGCGAAAAUGUCCCAAUGGCACAGUGUCCGGCGGCAGAGGUUUGAAAGACACUGGUGCCUAUCCAAUGCCCUUUGCCAAGCGUGUCAUUCAAGAACAACGCCGUCUCAUGGAAGAGCCGUGCAUGUGGGCACACGCGAACCUGGCCGAGAUCAAGGCUUUUUUGCGAAAUAGGAUUGAAGAUGGCACCUUUAAGCCCCUGUUUCCUUGGGACGAUGAUGAAGGCUAUGAUGAGCGCCUCAACAACGUUUGUUGA